UCCUCUUCCUGACACUCAAUCAUCGCGCUCUGACAUCUACACUUCUGCUUGCGAGAUGCGGAAGCAGAAGUCAGUGGACAGGCUGUAAAAAAGCGUUUUUAUAUGUUUUGUUAGUGGAUUAUUUUAAUGUUUAUCCAUCUUUAUUAACAUUAAAGACUGUUUAAUGACUCUGUAGCGGGCAGAAGACACUGUUUGAAGGAUUUAAAGCAUGCAGUGCACAGCCUCCUCUCCUCACGAGUCCUCACAGAUGGGCGGCGAUCGGGCCGAACUGACCCCCGCCAAGGACUCGUCCUCCAUAGACAACACCUCUGAGCUGGGCAGCCCCAGAGCUCUGACCUUUGACCUGCUGAACAUGGUGAUCUGCUUCAAGCGGAUGGCCAUCUUCCUGGAGCCCGUCACAGACACGCUGGAGGUGCUGCGGUACCUGCUCGGGUGGAGGAUGCCGCUGUGCUCCCUGUUGAGCUGCGUUCUUCUCAACAUUCUCUUCCUCACGCUGAGUGAAGGCGCGUGGGUCUCUCUGCUGCUGCUGACCGUCUCUGCUCCCGCUGUGCUGGGUUACCUUGGCAACCGUUGCCAGGGUGCGACCAGCGAGAUGGCGGUUCAGAAGAAGAAACACCAUGCGGUCCAACGGCGAGACCUGCAGACGGUCCACAUGAGCAAACAGGAGGCCAUGCUGGAGGUCAAGGGCAUGCUGAAGCGAAUAGACGACCUUUUGACCCGAGCGUGUGUGUAUGCAGAGUCUGUGUAUAAAGUGUUACACUGGGAGAGUCACGCCGUGUCCUCCAUGUUUUAUGGUUCUCUCCUGACUGCGCUUUUCCUGCUGUAUACGGUCCCUGUGGGUUUGAGUCUGUCUGUGCUCAACAGCGCCCUCUUUCUGUGGAACAGAGACUUCUGCAGAGUUCUGUUGGAGCUGAAGGAGUUUGUUCACCCGAGUCAGGUCCAGCCCGUGGAGGAAACCGAACCAUGUGACCCAGAUCAGGCAAACCUGCUGGAGCGCACACCCACUCCAACCAGUGUGGAGGAUCUUUCACCUGGCAACAUUGAAGAGGCAGAGGAGGCGGAGCCUGACGACGAGUUUAAAGACGCCAUAGAGGAAUCUCAGCUUGUGUUGCCGGAAACUCCUCUGGCUUUAGUGGUGGGGCCUGUAGCUUAUUUGCUACCAAAGAUUCGGAGAUGGACAGCCCGUAAGGAUGACGAGGAUGUGUCUUCUGGUGUUCCUGAGUUUGACACCAUCUCCGAUAACGGGCUGUUGAGCAGAAACGAACCCAUCCGCAGUAAAGUGUCCAAACUUACUGAAAAACUUCGCAAGCGGGUCCCUACCAACGCCACUGGAAACUGUUUCCAGUGCAAUUCAGCGUUUUCUGUUUUAAAGAAGAGGAGAAACUGCAGUAACUGUGGCGCCAGUUGUUGUUCCCGCUGUUGCUCGUAUAAAGUGUUCAAAUCCAGUAUGGGAGCCACAGCUCCCGAAGCCCAAAGAGAGACCGUGUUUGUUUGUUCUAUGUGCAAUACUUUCCUCACCACCAAGUAGGAUUGGCCAUCAUCCCGAAAAAAAAACCUUCCACCAUUGCAAUCCUGUAGAAUAAACUAGGGGUGGGCCACAAGAUGGCUGCUUCAGUGAUUCUUGAGGUUUCUAUGUGGAGCAUUUCACAUGGAGGACCAAAAUCUUGCAGCUUAUGUUGCCUCUUCGGUUUCUUCAACACUCUUCUUGAGCUUCCUCAGAGUUUUAUUUUGUCUGUUCAAAAUUUGUGACCCAUUACGUGAGCUCCUUUGUUAAAUGAUGACCUUUUGCUUGGAAUAUGCUGCUUACCCCAGUCAACCCGAAUACAUAAAGAUUGGUUGGUUAACUUGGACCUCACCUUGCUGCGAUAUCAAAUGCUGUAGUUUCAUCAACGCUUUCAUCACUUUCUAGAAUCAUGUUAAUGUCCAGGGGCCUGAUUAUGUGUUUAUUUAUAACAUCACAUCAUCCUAUAGAGGAGAACCAGACCAUGUAAGUGAUGUUGGUCAUUUUCAUCAUUGCUUUGGAUGCCAAAUGCAAUGGAUCUGAGCAUUUCAGAAGGUUUAUAUUGCUUCACAUACUGUCAAAUCUGAUUAGUUGAGUUGACCUCAAUCGUUUAUAAAGUAAAUAAGAUGAUUUAUUCCUCUCAUCCUGUUGACUAAACUCAACCGUUACAAUUCAGAAACCUUCUGCAUGCUGCUUAUCUGCUUUAACCCAUGAUUGUUGAUUAUGUAAUUUAUUUGUGUAGUUUUUAUCUGGAAAAUGUUAAUUUAUAUAUGUAUGUUUGUUUUUGGCACAUCCUCCUCAGUAACCAUUUAUGAUAAUCAAAAUAAUGCUCCCAUAUUAGUCUAUCAGCAAAUAACUCAUGAGUUCUCCUGUUCGCAUUGUUACUGAAAGAAUGGGCUAUGUUUGUGUCUGUUUUAUUUGUGUGUUUUUCUUUAAGCCAUGGUUGAAUGUAAAACCAGAGUAUUAACGGUUAUAGAUCUAUGAAUGUCCUUUUACUGCUAUUUAAACCAAUUCAAAUCUGUUGGGUAAGUUAUCCAUAGUAUAACACCAUCUGUUUUCUUGUUUGAAUCUACUGUUACAGUAAUAAAUAAUCUGAAUAUAA